CACACUACUCCCUCUCUAGACUUUUAGCUUUUCUCUACAUUGAGCUCCUAUUCCUAGAUGCCUGCCCCUUCCCAAGAGUUAGGGGAGCAGGCUAAAGUCACAGGUUAACUGCUUCCUAUAUACCUCUGAAGUCAGAGAUCUGAAAAGCAACCAUCCUGGGGACAUACUCCAACUGCACCUCCUCCCCAUCAUUCACCUUCUUCUAUUAACUCUCCCCUCCUCCAGUUAUCAAGAAGAGGACUUCAGUUGAGUUGAGGCAUACAAAAUGAUAAAGAAGUAAAAAACAAAACAAAACAAAACGCUGCGUUUUCAUUCCUCUCCCUCCACAUUUAUUCUGAUGGGAACAAAGAUCGCAGUUAGAGAGUAAAGGCAGUUACUGGAGACUGAGGAGAUGGAGAAGUAGGAGAGGGGAGGGGAGCAGGAAAGGGGAAUCUGGAAGGAGGGAAAAGGAGGGAGGUGAGAGCGAGAAAAAGAAGAACCAGAGGAGAGAGCAUAUUGUCAUGCAACAGUGGGUAUGUGUGAAGCAAAUCAAAGGCGAGCAGGCUCGGGAUUGGAAGCAGCUUUAAGUGGGUGACAGCCGCUCGCUAUUUAGGCAGACCUGGUGGCAGCGAAGAAGGGCACAUCUGCUCCAGCUGCAGCAGCCUCCGGAUCCUUCACCACCGCUGCUGCGGGCACAGCCACAGUCCCUUCCAACCUCCUCCCCUUUUCCUGACCGGCCAGCUGAGGACUUCACAUCUGGCAGACAGCAGGAGCUCCCGCGGCAUCUCUCUCUCUCCAUCUCCUCCUGGUUUGUCUCUUCUGUCAUUCGCAGCCUGCCUAUUAAUGGGCUAUCUGCCAGGAUGAGCGGUCCCCCGACGCUGGCCCCUGGGGUGGAGGAAGCCGUAGCCUCAGGAAUCUUUGAAUUUGGCACGGACUGGCCCAAGUCCCCUAAUGUCAGCCAUCCCCCUGGCAGCUUGGGCGGGGAGGACGAGGAGGAAAGAGGGGCCGGGGGUGAGGCUGGAAUGAUCGUUAUUCAGUCCAUCUAUGCCCUGGUGUGCCUGGUGGGGCUGGUGGGCAAUGCCUUAGUUAUCUUCGUCAUUCUCCGCUAUGCCAAAAUGAAGACAGCUACUAAUAUCUACCUGUUGAAUCUGGCCAUUGCUGAUGAGCUCUUCAUGCUCAGUGUGCCCUUUGUGGCUUCCUCGGCUGCCCUCCGCCACUGGCCCUUUGGCUCUGCCCUCUGCAGGACUGUGCUGAGUGUUGAUGGCCUCAAUAUGUUCACCAGUGUCUUCUGCCUGACAGUGCUCAGUGUAGACCGCUAUAUUGCCGUGGUGCACCCCCUGAGAGCUGCCACUUACCGAAGACCCAGUGUGGCCAAGCUCAUCAAUGGAGGAGUGUGGCUGGCUUCCUUGCUCGUCACCUUGCCUAUUACUAUCUUUGCAGAUACCAAACCCACUCGAGGUGGUCAGGCUGUGGCCUGCAAUCUGCACUGGCCCCAUCCAGCGUGGUCUGCUGUCUUUGUGGUCUACACCUUUCUCCUGGGUUUCCUCCUUCCUGUCCUGGCCAUUGGCCUCUGUUAUCUGCUUAUUGUGGGCAAAAUGCGAGCAGUGGCUCUCAGGGCUGGCUGGCAGCAGAGACGCAGAUCCGAGAAGAAGAUCACCAGGCUGGUGCUCAUGGUGGUGGCUGUCUUUGUGCUUUGCUGGAUGCCCUUUUAUGUGGUACAGCUGUUGAACCUCUUUGUGCCCAGCCUGGAUGCCACCGCUAACCACGUGUCCCUCAUCCUCAGCUAUGCCAACAGCUGUGCAAAUCCCAUUCUAUAUGGCUUCCUCUCAGAUAACUUCCGGCGUUCGUUUCAAAGAGUGCUCUGCCUUCGUUGUUGUCUCCUAGAUGCUGCUUCUGCUGCUGAGGAAGAACCUUUAGACUACUAUGCUACGGCCCUCAAGAGUAAAGGGGGUGGAUGUAUGUGUCCCACUCUACCCUGCCAGCAGGAACCUGUGCACCCAGAGCCCUGUGGUAAGCAUGGCACCCUUACCAGAACCACCACCUUCUAAAGAGCAAACUCCUGCUUCUUGGUCUUACCUGUCACUCAGACCCUUUUGGAUCUGCAGAGAUCAUCCCCCUCCAGAGGCUAACUUCAUCAUUUCUCACUAAACUGUUUCCUCCUUGAACAUCCCUCAAAAACCUUGGACUUCUGGAGUAACAAUUUUUCUAAGAAGAUAAUCUCCCUUCCAAGUGGACAUUGUCAUCUUGUUGUAUAUUGUUCUCAAGUAAACCUGCAUUCCACCAAGCUAAUCCUGUCCUCUCCCCAGAGCUACAGUUUGCUAAAGGACAUCUCCAUGGGGUAGGACUCACUCAGUGCAUGGACCAUGACAAUUACCAUUCCUGCGACCUUGGAGUUUUAUUUGAUGUUUGCAUUUUUAUUGGGGAGGGUGGAGGGAAGGGGGAAUGAGGGAGUACUGUCUUUGUCACUUGUUUCUCUAGCUUUCCUUAAGAAAAAAAAAAGUAGAAAAAAACAGGCGUUAGGAAGGAACCUGAUCUCAAAUUCUGGCCUCAAAAUAGGAACUCUUCCCUUUCCUAUAGGUUAUUUCUUUCUUAUUGUAAUUGAGGUACAGUGUGAACUGUGUACAGGGAAAAAAGCAUCCAAUGUCUCAGAAAACUCAUUUUCUUUUUAUCUUUAGCUCUGUACCAAGUAAUAUUUAUUCAUAGCAGCUUAGGAUGCUAUCUUGUUUGCUUCUAGCCUUAACAUAUAGUCACAUAUAGGCAUUAUAUCAGACUUAGUAACAGGUUCUUUGUAGAGCCAAGUUUGAAGCUGUGUAUUGUUGGACUUAAUGUAAGGCACAAAAUCUGGUCAAUAAUAAUAAAAAAAAAACACUAGAGAGGAUAAAAAUUUCA